AUGGAGAGUCACGCUUCCGCCGAGGGCUUCUGCCUGUGCCACUUGAUGAGUGUGUGGCACACAAUCGGCCGGAUCGGCCUCUACUUGGGCUACUACAACGUGGGCUAUGCGGAGCAGCGGCGGCGCUUCGUGGGCGACGAGCAGCUCUACGUCCACCUGAUGGCGCUGGUGAAUCUGCUGGCCAGCCUGGCCUACCUCUCGCUGAGUCAGCUCUGGACCUACGAGCCGUUUGUGUUCCUGCUGUACGUGCCGCUGUACGUGUACUUCCUGCUGCUGCGGCGCCACCUCACGGAGCUGUUGAACGAGUGUGCGACGACCCACAGGAGGAUCCAGCGGGUGCUCGGGGCACUGUUCUGUGUGCGCAUCCGUCGCGAGUGCUCCUACACACUCGCCUCGAUCGUCAUGCUCGUUUCGCUGCUCUCGUGGCAGCUGCGGAUGUACUCCUUCUACCAGUCGUGCUUCAUAGCCGGCGUGGCCUUCAUCUACCACCUGCAGCUGCUCUUCUUCGGCAGCUACCUCCUGUGGCUGUCCUGCAUCUACCGCUCGCUGAACGCCUUCCUCUGGCGGCACAUGCGAAGCGACCGCCUGGGCCUGCUCAGGGCCCUGCUGCGCGAACAGUCCGCCAUUUGGCGCCUGCAUCGGAGGGUCACGCGGUACUUCGGCCUGCAUUUCGUGAGUUUCAUGGCUCUGCCCGGCAUCCGGCUGCUGUUGAUGCUUCAGCACGGCACGGGGCGGCAGCUGAGCCUCCAGCUGGUCUACGUAGUGCUGCUCCUGCUGCUGCAGGCUCUCCUCCUCCUGAUCGGCCUGAAUCUGCAGCGGCAGCGGCGGCGCUUCCAGCGGAACUUCCUCCGCCUGCGGGACGACCCCAACUUGUUCGUAUUGAGGUCGUGGCGUCUGCUGCAGCAUCGUACGCUGCCCCAGGCCUUUGGUGUGACGCUGAUGAGGCGGCGGCAGCACUUGAGGAGGAAUCAGGAUAUUGUAACCACAAUGUUCUCCACAAACUUUGCCGCCACUCAGUUGGUGCCACAUCCCCUGCUGCUCUCCUCCGUGGGCUGCAAGGCCUUUAGCCUGGCCCUAACUCUGGCCACCUUCCGGGCUCUGCUCGUCAGCCACCUGCGGGAGCUGCUGCUCCUGCUCGUCCUUCGUUUGCUGCUCCACAAACACUUCAAUUCGGACGAAAGCGGGGAGGGGGAGGGGCCUUUCGACGACGAUUCCAACGGCAAUGUAACGCAGACAAUUAGCCAGGUCUAUCGCUUCUAUUUCUAUGACGAAUUCGAGUGA